CCCUCGCACCACCAGGACACGACAGACCCACUUUGAUCCCCGUCACGCCGCGACCCCGCUAGGCAGCACAUCCCUCGAUUUACGUGAACUAUUUUUCAGGAUGCCUUGGCAGCGCAUUCGCACUCGCGGCGCGGGGCAGCGUCCGGCCAGUGACUGUGGCCCCGAGCUGUGCCUCUCGUCAGGUACAGCAGUCGAUAACGGACACACAGAGCAUAAGAAAGGUGCGUUGCAGCGUUCGCUAGCGUUGCAAGCUUGUUUAACUCCAGCGCCGGAUCCACGAGUCAGACCCAUCGAUCGCCGAAAACCAGCCCGCGUUUUCCCAACAAUUCAUUAUUACAUUGGAUUUUGCAUACGACUCGUAGUAUACUUAGCUUAGCUUACCUGAGUGUGCAUCGGUGUGAGUCCUCUUACUCGGGCGGUUUCUCCAUAGACGCGCGGAAGGAAGCCAUGCCGCUGCUCUGAAGGCGAUUACAGCUUCGUUGUUUACAAAAUCACUUUAACUGAGCAAGCUAUCCCUUACAAUAUUGUUUCUUGCGGUGGCCUGACCUGUUACCCGCCAUUUACACACGAUGGGCGCUCGUUCCCGGCCCAAAGGCUGGAGGAUCCCAGGUGGCGUUGCAGGAGCCAGCGUCAUUCUUAUUGGCGGGGUUGUUGUUGUCGGCUCGCUCCUUCUCCUCUUCAACCUAGCCUUCGGAGGGACCUCGAGCAGCUCAACGUCGCUUUUCGCCAGCCCUGGACCAGGAUGUAAAUCUUUGACGCGAAAGGCGCUGAACUACAUGAACGGCGUGAAGUCAGUCCGCAAGUUUAAGCCAAACGACACUUUCGGUGAGCCGUCUGUGCGUAAACGUCUUGCAAAGCCGUGGGUGACGUUUGUUGAUGAUGUGGAAUUUGGCACCAUCUUCCACCUAGAACUUCUGAUGUUCUACAAGGCGAUGGAGGCUCCGGACGUGCGGCAGACGGACAAGCUAGUAGCCACUCUGAAGCAGAUGCAAGCCACAGGCAUCAAAACUGUGGUCUACAGCAUUAGCUGGCAGUGGGCUGAGCCCGAGCCGGGCAAGGUGCGCACCGAGUACAUCAGCUGGCUGCUGGAUGCCGCCUGCAAGAACACGGGGCUGCAGGUGGACCUGAUCGUGGACUUGCUCAACCCGCCAGACUGGUUCUGGCGGCAGUACCCGGACGCGCGGCCGCUGGACAGCGACGGCCGCAACUACACGCGCAUGUCCUGGUUCCACCCGCAGGGCAACAAGGCCGCGCUGACGCUGCUGAGCUCCGUGGCCACGCACCUGGCCUCCAACUACCCCGGGUGCGCCAAGGCCAUCCAGCCCGUGUAUAACAACGAGUACGAGGCCAAGUACACCCAGGAGUAUGACAGCUUCCAGGACUACGGCCCUUACGCGCUGGCCGAGUACCGCCGCUGGCUGCAGGCCAAGACGCAGGACGUCAACGUCAUCAAUCUGCGAUGGGGCAAGCGCUACAAGACGUGGGACGAGGUGCGGCCGCCGGCGCUGCACUCCGGCGACUUCCAGGGAGUGGACUUCUCGGCCGACUACUGGGACUUUGUCCGCUUCCGUGAGGAGUUCGGCGCGGCGCACUACAACAAGGCCUGCGCCACCGUGCACGCCGCCGGCCUCAUGUGCUUCCACCACUUCCCCGAGUUCUUCACAGUCAUUGACGCCAUGUACGGGGCCACCAUGUUCCGACUCAUCGCCUCCAGCCCCUUCACAGAUUUCGUUAUCAUGGACUCCAACUUCAUGACGCCCUACGGCACCGUCAUGAACCCGCACAAGCUGCGAGUCUACAUCUCGGCGGCGCACGCGUACGGCAAGCCGGUGUACUUCGAGGCCGCUGUGGAGCGCUUCAAGGACUUCGACCUGCUGGCCUCCGGCUUUUACAACAGCAUGCUGGCGGGCGCCGACAACAUCGGCAUCACCAACUGGCACACGCGCGUGGACAUGAACGCCAGCCUGACCAAGGCCAUGCACACGGCUCCCACGUGCGGCUCGUGCGAGGUGGUGGGCGUGUUCCUGCACCUGCAGUCCUGCGCCGCCUACCACGGCCUGCAAUGGAAGUGGGCGCGCAAGGACCCGCUGCACGACAUGGUGGAGGAGCUGGCUGAGAAGCUGCAUGACGGCGACUGCGGCACCGACAUCGCCGUGUACAUCGAGCUGGACAAGUUCCUGGCUGACAUGGGCAGCUUCAGCCGCGCCGUGUUCGUGGAGCCGCUGGUGCUGUGGGGCACCGCGGAGAUGGACAACUACAUCAAGGUCAAGUCGGCUCUGGAGAAGCUGCCGCACACCAUCAUGCACAUGCCCACCAACGUCACCUCGGGGCCGCAGCUGAUGGUGCUGGCGGACCUGUGAGCCAGCAGAGGAGGGGAGGGGGCAGCAGCAGCAGGAGCGGAGGCAGUAGCAGGAGCGGCAGCAGCAGGAGCGGAGGCGGCAGUAGCAGGAGCCGUGGCGGCCUGGCGUUGUAGUCAUGUCCAUGCCGUAUGAGCUGAUGGGGUGGGGGCUUUUGCUGCUAUCGCCUCGCGGAGGAGCAUGGCGAGCCCAGCGCGGAAUUGCAGGUAGGCGCCGGCAGCUGUGGUGGCGGACAGCGCUGCCCGGACGCAAGGUUAGCCGCUUGGCGGCAUGUAGGUGGCGGCAACCGGCACGCGGGGUCUGCAGGAUGCGAUCUGUGCGAUGUGCUAUGUGCAGCGCUUCGCAGCAAUAACAACAGCAUGGAUGGAUGGCCCGUGGGUGGAUGGUUGCGGCCUGGCGGGUACGUGCGGUCAGUGCGCGAGUGCAGUGGGCUCACAGCCACUGGGCUGCUCUGGGCCAGUGUGUGGGACUGUGCAACGAGUACGAGGGCGCCGAAGGUCUAGGACUGCUAGGCUGCGACGGGUGGAGCUGUGGUGCUUCGGCGACCCACGUCUGCAUCUGCGCCGCACCGGGCUCGGCGGAAAGGAAACAUAUGCGAUGCAUGUCGAGGACACGAGAGGGGCAGUGUGUGCACACAUGGGCAGGGAACUCGACGGCGAGUGGGGAGGGAGCGCGGCAGUAUGUACUAGGCAAAGAUACCUGCAGGCUGCAAUCAUGCGGAAGGAAGUGUCUUGUGUCGUGUGCGGAGGGAUUGAGCUACCGCUGCAACGGCGCGGGGGGAGUACAGAGAGUUUGUGUGCAGGUGAUCCGUUUGCAGGGCUUGUGGAAUGUGUGGUGUGAUCUUCAGGUCAGGAUGUCAAUCUUGUCAUGGGUGCAGAUAAGGAUGGCGUUGUGCACGAUGCCGGCGGCACCUCGUAUCGCGUAUCUAUCUAGCGCUGGCAUUUUGCGUUUGUGGCGGGACAGAUGCCGGCUUUGCAUGGGGGCCCCAUGCAUGGGGGCUCCAUGCCAUCUCGCAAUGGGAUGCCAUCCCGACCAUUUAAUGACUGGCCAUGCAUGUGUGGCAAAGGCAGGACGGCGGCAAUCAACGCGAGGGACUUAGUGGCUCUGUUACAGACUCUCCCCUG